AUGGCGACGGUCAUGCAGCGGCAGCGCUCCCGUAGGAGGUUGGCUGCACUUACAUUUUUGUCUAAUAUUUCCCUGGAUGGCACACACAGGGAUACCAAACUCUCACAGUAUGGCCGGGGAGGGUUUCUCGGUAAAGUUGUAGGAUCAGAAAUCAAGGCUGAUAUUCAAUCUGAUAAAAACGACAAGGAAAAUCGUCACCAGGAGUCCCAGGGGAAGGUGGCAGGGACGGAGCUCAUGAGUGGGUCGUCUGGUGGUCAAGCUCCCGUCAAGGAUGUGGUAGAUGGGGGCCAGGUUGACAAGCAGCUUACACUUCAAUUUCGGGACAGAACCAACACAAACACUUCAGAAGUGGGAGACCGUGCUGUUGGGUUACGAAAACGCACACCACACCAUCACCUGGUGGAGAAGGGUCAAUGCUUUAGCAGUAAUGAGAGCUUAGGUGGUCCACUUCCUAGUAUCGGAGGUGGACGCACAAGAAAAUUGUCAAGUAGCGUAUCUGAUUCUUCGGGCCCACCUAGCAAGGAGGUCAAGUUUAUGAAGACAGCACAUGAUCUACAGAUUCGGGAUGAGCGAGUUGUGUUGCUGUCAUCACACAAAAUUCCUUUCUAUAUAUUCUCUGCCUUGCCGUACAACAAGUCUAAAUUGGGAGGGAGAAGUGAUCAUCUUUAUGGCCGAGGCGAGAGUGGACGUCGACGCCAUACUUCAGGAAACCGGACGCUUUCCACAAUUAGUGAUAAUGGAGACCCCUCUCAUUUGUUAGGCUUUGAUCGCAAUGAUGAAUGUAGGGAGGUAUCUUACUGUGAGCUUCUGGUACCAUCACGUAGUUUCUUCUGCAAGCCACGGCGUCAGCAGUCAGAGCACACCGAGCUUGGUGAUCCUAAUGAGCGUUGUAUGCAUCCUGGUGUAGCUCGAUGCUUUAGCUAUGAGCCUGCCACUCAUAAAGCCACAGCCCACUAUAUCCCACACUCCCCACAUAGUCAUGUUGAGAAAGGUGUUGCGUGUGGCACCUCAACCAUUACCGGGGGUUUGACCUUAUUGAGAGCUUUAGAGACUGGUGAACACAUGAUAAGAAAGGGCAGCGGAUAUGACCUCGAUGAUUGGCGUUGCAUACCCAGCGUUCAUGCUGCAAGUAUGCAGUACAUGCCCAAUAUGUUGGACGAUCCUGAACUACGUGCUGGAAAACAUCGUAAAUUGUUGCGUUUUCCUUCAUAUAUGACAUCUGUCAUGGACUACACAAAACCCUCAGAGUUGAAAAAGGAAUUGAAUGAUAAAUUCCGUAGUAAAUUUCCUCACAUUCAACUCACUCUUAGUAAAUUGCGCAGCUUGAAGCGAGAGGUGUUGAAGAUAGCUCGCCAGGAGUGUGACAUAGACCUGCUGACAGUGGCACAAGCAUAUGUUUACUUUGAGCGAUUAAUCCUUAAAACAAUUGUUAACAAGCAAAAUCGUAAGCUUAUAGCAGGGGCCUGUCUUAUUCUGUCUGCCAAAAUGAAUGAUGUUAAAGGUGAAACCCUCAGUAAUCUUAUUGAGAAAACAGAGAGCACCUUUCGCUUGAAUCGGCGUGAAUUAACUCAGUGGGAGUUUGCUGCCCUGGUUGCAUUGGAGUUUGGACUGCACUUACCAACAUGGCAAGUUAAUCCACACUACCAGAGACUCUUGUUUGAGUCUUGACGAAAGCAUGGGGCAGGAAACUACACAUUUACAGUGUGAAAAAAUCUGAUACGUAAGUCACAAGUUGAAUUAUAUCCAAUGGCAAGUUUGGUAUGAGAUAAAAUCUUUCUUGUAGAUAUAAUAGUUUUUGUCAUGAGUACCAUAUGUUCCUUUUUCUUGUUGAUAUAAUUAUGUAAUCACUAAUGCGAACUGGUAUCAUAUUAGAUUUUAAUAAACCUAAUGAUAUAUGAAUGACGAGGUGUCUGACAAACAAAGUAAUAAUUUAAAAGUUUAUGAAGUAAAAAUACCACCAUAGUGAUUGUUGUGAUGGAUGAUUUUUCCUUGAUGUACAAAUGCUAGUUGUUCAUAUAUGUUGUGAAUUUAGUGCAUUUGUGGAAGGAUUUUUUCCAUGGGGUACAGUAUUUCUAGACCAUAGUGCAAAUUGUAAUUUCAGUGCUUUAUAUAGAAAUAUUGAAUAUGUGAUUACAAAGAAUGGUAUAUUGAUGUAAUUAAGCCUACAAGGAUAUUUUGAUUACAUUUCAAUACACUUAAUGUUAUACAUAAUAGAAUAAUAAGGAUAAUCAUAAGAAAAGUCAAUCAUAUUAAGCAAAAAGUUGUGAUCAAGAAGUAUUAUUAACGUUCAUUACAUUGUGACAUAAAGGUUUAUAAGGGUUAUGUACCAGUAGUAUCUCUUACUAAUGUCAGGGUAUGAGGAUGAAAUCUCAGAUAGCACAGUACAUUAUUUAUCAUCUUUAUGCUUGUAACAUAAUUAUGUACUGCUCACUUUAUGUUUUCCCAUUACAGCAUGUGCUUUGCUUUACCAUCUUUUAUGUAGAGGGUAGGUUUUCAAAUCGUUGACCAUCUGUGUGGACACAUCAUUAAUUUUUAUUGUUGACACUGCUUAAACAUUCCUAAGUAUUCAGGGUAAAUAAUAGGUACAGUAUUCACAUAUCAGCUUGUAAGUGUCCUCUUAGAUUUGCCUGUAGUCAUUCCCCCACGGCAGACAGUGGAAGUGGUGUGUAUUGUUGUCUUCACUUUUCGGGGAACUUUUGUUGAAAAUGGAAGUAUUUUGUGACAAGCCAGUUGAGGGGACUGUGAAUUAAUUACAUUAUUUCUCAUAAUUAGAUACAUUGUUACGGUUUGUCUGGGUGUACAGUACAGUACAGUUUACAUCAUGGCAAAUAUUCCUACUAUCAAAGAAGGACACACAUGUAGGAUUUCAGUGUCUUUUUUUUAUCAACUUUUGACCAGAGUUUUGUCCCAAGAUCAUCAACAUUUAGAAACAUUUGCUGAAGAAUUUUGCAUGUAUGAUAUUUUUUUUUUGG